AUGGGUGGCAAAACAUCUAGAGUCCAGGAAAUUGAAAAUAUAUCUUUGGAGCAGAAUGACGAAAAGACUGUGGAAUCUGAGCUUGAGACAAGCUAUAUUCACGCUGGGCUGACCCCCGAGGAGGCUUCAUUCCUCGCAAACUUCUCCCCAGAGCGAAGGAAAAAAUGCAUCCGGAAGAUCGACUGGCGUUUAUGUCCUAUGCUCAUGAUCCUGUAUUUGUGUGCAUACAUCGACCGGACCAAUGUUGGAAACGCCAAAAUCGAGGGUCUCGUGGAGGACUUGGGGCUGAGUAGCAAACAAUACAAUUUCGCGGUUUCGAUCUUCUUCCUUCCCUAUGUCAUAUGUGAGGUUCCUAGCAAUGUCAUCCUCUCAAAGUUUAAACGACCUUCCACCUAUAUAGGUAUUAUAACAGUCGGUUGGGGUGUGGCCAUGACCCUCACCGGUGUCAUUAACAAUUUCGGAGGCUUGGUCGCGACACGUAUGGUUCUAGGAAUAUUUGAAGCGGGCUUUUUCCCUGGUGCAGUUCUGCUAGUGUCUAGAUGGUACAUCUCGAGCGAAACCUACCUUCGAAUUGCAUUGUUCUAUUGUGCUAGUGCGCUGUCCGGAGGCUUCUCAGGACUCCUGGCCUUUGCUAUUGCAAAGAUGCGGGGGCUCGGGGGUUAUAACGGCUGGCGAUGGAUAUUCAUCGUUGAAGGCCUUGCUUCCGUUCUAAUAGGGAUUGGCUGCUUCUUCCUUUUGGUAGAUUCAGCGCCCCUUUCCACACGCUGGUUAGAGCCAGAUGAGAUCAAAUUCCUCGAGCUUCGCCAGCGUGCCGAGCGAGGUCGUGUUGUUGUCGACGAAGACCCAGGAAAAUUCGAUCGGGCCACUCUAUGGCAAGUCGUCACGGAUUGGCAGCUCUACCUGCAAAUCAUCAACUUCUGGUCGUCUGCGGUGCCUAAUUACGGGAUGAAAUUCACUAUGCCUCAAAUCAUCAAGAACAUGGGAUAUACUUCGUCCAAAGCUCAGUUACUCACGGUCCCGCCGUAUAUGGUUGGCGCGAUAUCCGCCUACGUGUCUUCGCUCUUAUCAGACCGCUACAGGUGGCGCUUCCCUUUCCUUGUGUUUGGACAAACUUGUAUUGUCAUCGCCUUUGCAAUUCUUUUUUCCAAAGCCGCGGACAUCAAAGAUAACGUCGGCUUAUGCUACUUUGCGGUCAUGUUCUCCUGCAUUGGCUUCUAUCCAAUCACUCCUGGUAUAAACGCCUGGACAGUCAACAACCUUGCUGGCGCAAGAAAGAAGGCUAUGGGUAUCGCAUUUAUGAUUUCCAUCGGUAACUUAGCUGGCAUUCCGGGAUCCUUCAUCUAUAUCGAGUCAGAAAAGCCAAAGUACCCGACGGGCUUUGGAUCUUCUUUUGCUUUCGCAGGGUCUGGAAUUAUAGCGUCCAUCAUCUUGGAAUUAGGAUAUAUUAGGAUUAACAAGCGCAAGGCGCAAAUGACUCGGGAAGAGGUGCACGAGAAGUAUACUGAUGAACAGCUGCAGAAAAUGGGAGAUCGCUCACCAUUGUUCAAGUAUAUGCUGUGA